UUUUCCAGGUGAAUGAGAAGGGCGAGGAUCCUGCUCUUUGCAAAGGAAGAGGGUUUACGUUGAGAGAGAUCUUGCUGAAAGCUUAACCUGUAGCAUGUGAAGAUGACCAAGUGGUGUUACCGUGUCAGCAGGUGUUAAGAGACCCAGCUGCUGUGUUGGCAAACCAACAUUUUUGGAGUCUUCUCUCUUUUUCUCAAGAGCCUUACAUUCACGCUUUCAUCCAGGGAAGUAAGUUAGAAAAGUUGUUUGAAUGGCAGUGGGUUCAGGAGAGAGCUUUAAGUAAGCAUUCUUACACUUAUUCUGGCAAGCCAAACUCUUGCCCAAAAUAUUGUCUGCCAUUCCACAGACAGACUGGUUGUCUUUUGUUAAUUGUGCAGUGGGCCUUUAAUUCUACGGUAAACAAAACCUUCUAGUCUUGUGUUAUCCUUCUUGCAGCCAAUUCUCUUUUGCUCAACACCUCAAGCAGAACUUGGUUUGAAAUCCAAUCUAGCGAGGUGCUGCCUCCCAUGGCAGACGUGCUAUUAAGGGCCACAGAUGUCUCCUUAAUGAAAGGGUUUUGUUGUGCCAACAUGAUGCUCUCUGUCCUUCCUCAAAUGGAUGCUUUCUGUGUUUGGUGCAAAUACCAUUACCAGAAGAAACAGUAUGGAACUUGCAAUCUUGUGGUCACUGGAACAUGAACUUCUGAGAUUUUUCUUGGCAUCUACUCCUAAAGGGUAAUGCAUAUUGGGCUUUUUUUCAGAGUUACUGAAAAUCAUGCCUUAAGUUGUAUCUGGUUGGUCUUUUGUUUUUGUUUUUUUGUAGUGUCUCAAAUGGUUUAUACACUCUAAUGACCUCUGACCUCAGUAGGUACAGCUUGUAUUAUAAUCCACAAAUCAAAUAUUAGUAAAGAAGAAAUAACAGGGAUGUGACUUGUGGAGGCUUUUUUCAGAUGGUCCCUGACAGUGAUUGAUGAAGAGGUUGGAUUUUUGCAUAUGAAAAAGGGAAGCCAAAAUUUGACUGCUUUAACUUGCAAGUUUACUGAAUACAGGUAAGCUUUGCACUGAGAUCUUAGCCUAAAAGUUACUCAGCUAUCCCUGACACUGUAAAUUUGAAGAUUUCCAGGCUCAUUUAAGUGCUGUCAUCCAAGCCUUGUGUUCAAUCCUAACCACUUUUCACUUCUGUUAGGAAGGCCUGAAAUCAUGAGACCUUGGAAAAGAAACUGUAUUAUCCUGACACGAGUUUAAAAGAAAUAUUUCUUCCAGAUUGUAAAUGUCCAAAAUAUGCUGCUCAAAUUUGUUCUGUUCAGUGUUAAUGUACAAUGGUGAAGGUAAGUGGCUGUAAAGUCAGUUUUCAUGUUUAAUUAGUUGUGCGUGUGAUUCAUGUAUUCUUUUAUUCUCAUUCCAAUUUCAUGCCAGCCUUGUGUUUUUAUAUUGCUAUGAGUUUGUAUUUCAAGGUAAUACUUGUAGAAUGAUGGCUCUCAGCUUUCACGGACAUCCUAAGUAUAUUUUUGAUCUGAGGAUUUUAGCUCUACAGAUAUUGACAAGUAAGUUGUGUGUUUUUUUUUUAUACAGAAGAGAUGUGAUCCAAUUGUCUUUAACAAUGCAUGUAAUCUCACAAGAGGAAAACCCUAUUCUUAUCCAUUAAAAGCUCUACAGUUAAAGAACUGUGUGGUGAAAAACCUGCCAAGAUUUCUUCUUUAAAAUAAAGAUGACAAUGGCCACUUGCCUGAUGAGAAAAUCUUUUUCUCCUUUCUUCUAUGUAGCAGCUGAGCUGAUGGAAGUCUAGCUGUUGGCAGCAUCUAAGAUGAGAUGCUUACAUGUACUCUGUAGCCAGCCACUACGUUCACUGAUACUAAACACCCGUGAGCAAUCCCCACUAAUUCUUGUUUCAUUUUCUCGAUAUCUAGUACAGCUUUUUGGCUCUCUCUAAGUGCAUUAGUCAACUGCUAAGGUGAAUGCAUGACCUGAAGUACACCUGCAAAGUAGUUAUGUCCCCCUGCAGAAAGGACUGAGGUACAAAUACCCAACAUAGAUUCAAGAAUUGCUGACUCAAAGUCUGCAUGUUUCCAGGGAAGUAAAAGUAGCUGUCACUUAAGUAGAGAAGUGAUUUAGUUACAGUGUCCUACUUGAAUGGUCAUUAGACCAUUAGGAUGCAUUAGAAUGGUCACCUUGUGAGCAGUGAGGCUGUCUCUAUUAGCAGUUGUGUUAGUAGACUGCAGGUAUGGUAUCAAGACUGGAUUAAGUUGAGAGCUGCCAUGACAUCAAAAGGGGUGACCUCAGCCUUGCUGUGUUUGUUUCUCCUUCCCUGUGCUGAUGUACCAAUCAUGCUGUGAGGCAGAGCAGCUCACUGAUCUAGCUGCAAAGAAAACCAGGAAAAAAGCCAGCUGCUCUUCUGGCUGACAGUGGAUUCAUGCGGCUGCAGAAGUCCGCAGGAGCCUGUGUCUGAAGAAAGGAGAAACUAGUGUUGUAUCUUUGGUCAGAUGCAAGAUCUUUGGUUUUUACAGUUACUUGAAGCUGGUCAAAUGCUGAGAUGAAUGAUAGUGCAGUUUCGCUGCUACCCUUGAUAACUGAACUUCAAGGCAAACAGUUUGGGAAAUAAAUGAAUUUACAAAGUGUAGUCAGCUUAACUGAUGAGGAUUAAUCAGCUCAAUGCUUUAGUAUAUAAAUAAAUAUAGAUAAUGAUGUAAUAAUAUGUUAAUAUAUAAACUUACAUUACUUACCUGGCUUGGAUUUCUAAUGUGCGAAGUCCUGUUCUGUUCCUUCUUCCUGAGAACACCUUUGGGCAGAUGUUUUUGAAAUGUGCAUCUUGGCAUAUCCCAGAGGAGAUUCUGAGCAAGAUGUGAAAGUUACCACUGCUUUCUUUGAAGAGAAGCUGGAGGAAGGUCAUGUUUACAUCUUGAAAUUAUAAAAGCAUUUGCUGCAGCGGGAAGAAGACAGGUAUAAGGAAAUGCUAGAUCUAGUGAUAUCACCCAGCCUGACUGUAAAUAGAGAGUGCCCUGACAGACUGAAGCUUAACCUUACUAACAUUUAUGCCACGGCUCCAGAUGACAUAGAAGGCAACAGCAAAGCAGCACCACAGUGUCCUCUCCAUCUCUACUCAACAAAACAUUAUCCCCAUAUAGUGACAGUCCAGUCUUUCCCAACAAUGGCAACAUAUGGACAGACUCAGUACAGUGCAGGAAUCCAACAGGCUGCUGCAUACACUUCCUACCCUCCUCCAGCGCAGCCCUAUGGCAUACCUUCCUACAGCAUCAAAACAGAGGACAGCUUGAGCCAUUCCCCAGGACAGAGUGGGUUUCUUAGUUAUGGAUCCAGUUUCAGUACCCCAGCUGCUGGACAAGCACCAUAUACCUACCAGAUGCAUGGCACAACAGGGAUUUACCAGGGAGCCAAUGGCCUGACAAAUUCUGCUGGAUUCAGUGCUGUGCAUCAGGAAUAUUCAUCAUACCCGAGCUUUCCUCAAAGCCAGUAUUCACAGUAUUACAGCUCCUCCUACAACUCUCCCUACAUGUCCACAAACAGCAUCAGCCCUUCAGCCAUCCCAACCUCCACUUAUUCUCUGCAGGAGUCUUCUCACAACAUCACCAGUCAGAGCACAGAAUCGCUGUCUGGAGAAUAUGGAACAACCCCAGCAAAAGAUAUAGAAACAGACAGACAUCACAGAGGGUCGGAUGGCAAGGUACGAGCCCGAUCAAAAAGAAGCAACGAUCCUUCCCCCACUGCUGACAGUGAGAUUGAGCGUGUAUUUGUGUGGGAUCUGGAUGAGACGAUAAUUAUUUUUCACUCCUUACUCACGGGAACCUUUGCAUCCAGAUAUGGGAAGGACACGACAACGUCUGUGCGGAUAGGUCUUAUGAUGGAAGAAAUGAUCUUCAACCUUGCAGAUACACAUCUGUUCUUUAAUGACCUGGAGGACUGUGACCAGAUCCACAUAGAUGAUGUAUCAUCAGAUGAUAAUGGACAAGAUCUAAGCACGUAUAACUUCUCUGCAGAUGGCUUUCACAGCUCAGCUGCCAGUGCAAAUCUAUGUCUGGGCUCAGGCGUUCAUGGGGGAGUUGACUGGAUGAGGAAAUUAGCAUUUCGCUACCGCCGGGUGAAAGAGAUGUACAACACCUACAAAAACAAUGUUGGGGGUUUAAUAGGAGCUCCUAAGAGGGAAACCUGGCUGCAGUUAAGAGCAGAACUGGAAGCGCUGACUGAUCUCUGGCUCACACAUGCUCUGAAGGCGCUGAAUUUGAUACAUUCCCGGCCUAACUGUGUAAAUGUGUUGGUAACCACAACUCAGCUGAUACCAGCUCUAGCAAAAGUGCUUCUCUAUGGACUAGGCACUGUCUUCCCAAUCGAGAACAUUUACAGUGCAACAAAAACAGGAAAAGAGAGCUGUUUUGAAAGAAUAAUGCAAAGGUUUGGAAGGAAAGCUGUGUACAUUGUAAUAGGAGAUGGUGUUGAAGAGGAACAGGGAGCAAAAAAGCACAACAUGCCAUUCUGGAGAAUCUCUUGUCAUGCUGACCUGGAAGCUCUUCGGCACGCCUUGGAACUUGAAUAUUUGUAGCAGACCCCAACAUCUUAGCACUGUGAGGGCUUCACUCAAACUGUUACAUCGGUUCCACCUAUUCCUCAGCAUUUUCUUGUUAAAAAAAUCCCACAGCAACUGCAGUUUUUCUUUUUUUGAAGGAGAACCCUUUCAGUGGAAGCCUCUAAGAACUUGCAGCCAAAGAACAUUCUAUCGAGUCCUUCCUUUGAACAGAGGAAGAGCCUUCAGAUAACUCUGGGGAUCCUGCAGUUACAUGCUUAAGCUGGGUGCAUAGAGCUGUAACUGCCCUGUGGCCAUCAACGAGAGCCCCCAGAAGCCUUGGCUCUGCUUGUCAGUUUUCUUGCUUUUGAAAGGGGAAGAGGAAACACUCAAGACUGUGAGCGUACUCUGCGCAUAAUACAUCAUAUCACGUUGGACCUUCUGCAAAUAAGAGUGAAACUGUUGAUUUUUUGUCCUGUUUGUAUUUUUUUUUAAUUUAUGAACUAAUCUCAUUACUCUGGUAUUAAGUUCUGUACCUGUGUUUUUAA